UCCCUCCUUCCAACCCUAUCUCCAUUUCUCAAUCUCUUUCUCUCAAGAACAACAAGAACAAUGGCCAAGAAUAGCAACAAGCUUGGAAAGCUCAAGUGCAUGAUCAAGCGAUGGAACUCAUCCAACCGCAUAGCACGAUCUCCGGGCUCAUCCUCCCGCUCACAAGAUGAUGACACGUGGCGCUCCUUCCACGCCGACGAUGACGUCCCUUCCGACCUCCACACAGUCUACGUCGGAAAAUCCCGCCGCCGUUAUCUCAUCAGCAAAAACCUCGCUUCUCAUCCUCUCUUUCUCAACCUCAUCGAUCACUCCGCCACCGAACACGACGGUGGCGCCGCCACCAUCGUCGGCUGCGAGGUGGUGCUCUUCGAACACCUCCUUUGGAUGCUUGAGAACGCUGACCCACAACCUGACACUCUUGACGAGCUCGUUGACUUCUAUGCUUGCCGUUGAUCACCUCGCCGGCGUAACAAAGUUACCGCGCAGCACCCCAACCACCACCACCACGUGCAUGGGAAUUUUCUUUUAUUUAGUUUAAUUAAUGUUUAUUUAGGUUGGGGGGGUAGUGAUGUAAAUUAGACGUUUGUGUGAGGGUAAAAGAAAGAACAGGUGAUGAUUGAUUACUGAUUAACCAACCCAUUCUAAUCUCUGGGAGGGUAAAGUGUGGGGGGCAUUGUUGUCUUUUGAAACCUUUAUAUUCUUUUUCCCUCUUUUUUGGGCUCUUGAGAUAAAACUCAUUUAAUUUCCUGAAUUUAUGAUGUUCUUCUUCAUGUAAUAUUAUUCUCUCUUUUUCUCUCAUAAUAAUUCAAUGUACAUUUUCAUCUUCA